AUGGUAAUAUGUUUUCAUUAUAAUCGCUUGUUUUUAUUCAAGCCUAUUUUUGCCCAUCUAAUUUCUUCACUUAAAUAUUAUUCUCGUACACCAACAGUUGUUCGUUAUCGAGCUCAAUCAAAAAAAUUAAUUACACAAAAAAUUGAUACACCUGAAUAUCGAACAUUAUUAACACCAUCACUACUUAAAUUAGCUGAAUUAUUUAAAGCAAAUAAAUAUGAAUUACGUGUUGCUGGUGGUGCUGUACGAGAUAUUCUAAUGGGUAUACAUCCACAUGAUAUUGAUUUUGCUACAACAGCAACACCUGAACAAGUUAAACGAAUGUUAAUAGAUGCAAAUAUACGAUUGAUUAAUUCAAAUGGUGAAAAACAUGGUACAAUAACAGCUCGUAUUGAUGAUAAAGAAAAUUUUGAAGUAACAACAUUACGAGUUGAUGUUAUUACUGAUGGAAGACAUGCUGUUGUAGAAUAUACACAAGAUUGGCAAUUAGAUGCUAGUCGAAGAGAUCUUACAAUUAAUGCUUUAUUUCUUGAUUUGGAAGGAACUGUUUAUGAUUAUUUUGAUGGAAUUGAUGAUUUGAAAUAUUCUCGUAUUCGUUUUGUGGGCGAUCCAGUUGAACGUAUACGUGAAGAUUAUCUUCGUAUUCUCAGAUAUUUUCGAUUUUUUGGUCGUCUUGCAAAUGAGAAUGCUUCACAUGAUAAAGAAACAUUAGAAGCCAUCAGACAGAAUGCAAACGGAUUACGACAUAUUUCUGGUGAACGUCUAUGGGUUGAAUUAAAACGUAUUGCUGAAGGACGUAAUGCCGGUCCAGUAUUAAAAAUAAUGCUUGAGCAAGAUAUUGGACAAUAUCUUGGUAUUCCUUCAAAUGCGGAUUUGAACCAACUAGAAGAUCAUUGGAGAAAGUGUCAUCGAGCCCAUCCACAUGCUCUUACUAUACUAACAAAACUGUUUCGUAAUAUGGACGAAUUAGUCAAAUUUGAACAACGUAUGAAAUAUUCAAAUGAAUGUCGCCGUUUAUCUCAAUUAUUAGUAGUAUAUCGUGAUGAAAUAUUUCUUCUUAAUUCAUCAUCCAUUGAUCCAUUAAAACCAUAUAAAGAUUUGCUUGUUGAUUUAUAUUUAUUUGAUCCAAAUAUAAAAGAAAAAAUAAUUGAAUUACUUAAAUAUCAAUAUUAUCUAAAUGAAAUUCAACAAUUAAUCGAUUGGCCAUUACCACAUUUUCCAAUAUCAGCUGGAAUGCUUGCAUUAAAAGGUAUUAAACAAGGAGGAAAUUAUAAAAUAAUACUUCAUGAACUUCGACAAGCAUGGAAACAAUCAAAUUUUAAAGCAACUGAACAUCAACUACUUGAAGAAACAUUACCAAUAAUAUUAAAAAAUUUGAAAACAAGGGAAACUUUACCAUCAAAUCAUGAGAAAACUAUUGUUAAUCCGCCAGCAUUUGCAUUACCGAAAAGACGUAAACAUAAAGAAUCAACGUCAGAUAUUUUGACUACAGUUACAAGUAGAAAAUAA